UGCCCUGACCGCUUUAAAUCAAUAACAACGUGAUCAUGCUAAGCGAAAAUCAUUACCACGCGUCUAUGACACAAUGCAACAAGAAAUUAUCCGUAGCCAUCCCGGUUUAGAAAUCUCCUCACCCUCCUGGUUUGGUGACCGUAUAAAACAGUACAGGACUUUCGACCGAUUUGGAUAUUUCAAAGAAGAGGGGGACGCCCUCAUUGAAGAGACCAGAUCGUUCGUACAAAUUUGCAACUGGGAGCAGGUUCUCGGUCAUUGCGAAGAUGAUGUUGAUGAUGGAAACGACGACAAAGAAGAAGAUAAAGCGUCGAAAUCGUACGAGACCAUAACCUUUUCGCUAAGGAGUCUGCUGCGGACCGAAAUUAAAUACGAUGAUUUUCUGAAAGAUAUAAAAGACGAACAGCAACGCGUCGGUCGGUGCAUUUCGGAGCUUAGCAAGGCAGGUGCCAUAUUGACCGAUACUAUUGUUACAGGGCGCGCUGCUCGACUAUGCGGAAUCAAUAAUCAGCAGCAAAAUCUCGAUCUGCGCAAAUUGGCACCAGACUUUCAAUUUCCACCAGAUGCAGCCACCGUCAUAACUAUUGCUCCAAUUCCUGAGGAUCAAGAAAGGCUCGACACAGAAAGAGUCUAUAAAAGGGAACAUUUUUCAAAUCUUCUAUCGGGCUGUGUCGGCUCUAGUACAAGCUCUACUCGAGAAUCAUCCGUUUACUGCGAGAUCCGAAAAGAAAUCAAUGACACUGGGCUCGUGUCAAAACAAGAUGAUUUCGUGUUCAAAGGUGCAAUGAACGACGCGUUAACAGAAUUCUCGACGGCGUGUGAUAACCUGUGGACCAGGAAGCGACACAAUCGCGAUCUUCGCGUUUUGGUGACUGCUUUAUUAAGGCUGAAUCUUGCGCCGGAACGGGUACACAAAUACACUGAGACACGAAAGAAGCAUCAGAAAGACAAGGCCAAGGAUAAGGAAGAAAAGAGCAACGAAGAAAGCAUGC